AUGCUCUCACUGAAUGUGUACCCUCCAUCGUCGCCGCGACAACGAAUCCUUGCUGAAGUCAUCAGAGUGGUCAAGCUGACGGCCACAGUGGCAGCACUGACUAGGGUUGCGAGGAAAUGCGCCACCCCCAGACAUGGCAAGUCCAGCCAAUCAACAACAGCAGUGGUGGUAAGGUGGUUGCAAGACCUUACCGCCAUUUACCAAUACAAUGGAUUCCGGUUAAGACAAACACUCGAGAUUGAACAUUGCUGCCUUCUUUGCUCAACAAAAUGUAUGCCUGGCUGGCAGGUUCAUGUGUGGUUAACGCGCUUACCCGUAAGUACCAGGUUGCUCUUGUCUGUCCUGAUUAUUCCAAACAUGGUCGCCCAGAUCGGGGAAUUUGUAACAUUCGAUCAGGCAAUGAGAAGCCAAGGUGUUCCGCAACCGUUUCGAUAUCUCCGCCUCUCUGUUUACCUUCUUUUAUCUGGUAUCGUAGGUCUUGGCAUGGCGUUUUCACUUCUGUGGCUCUUCCCAUGCCUUCCUAUCCAAAGUAACUUUUCCGAUGAAAUACACGCGGAAUCAUGCGCGGAUAUGGUUAGACCAGCUUGGAUUUUGAUCAGCGUUGGCUUUGACAUCAUUCUAAUAUGUAUUCCCCUUUCAAUCCUAUAUCGUGCGAAGCUGCAGCACCACCAGCGUGGGGCAUUAAUCGUGGUUUUCACAACGAGUAUCCUAGGGACAAUUUCUGGCGAUAUCGGCCUGAAUGAUCUGCUACGAAGCCUCGAGAUCUUAUUGUACAGUGUUGGGAAACUCGUAUCGCUAUUAUCACGUAGAACAUCAACGAAUCCAGCUGGAGUAACCUUCUCUUUCCGAAGACAGCAUAAUCAUCUGCACGCCUCCAAUGGACUUGUACGGCGGAACGACAGCGACAUAGAGUUGAUUGAAAGAAGGCAAAUUUUGAAAGGAGCAUUGACCCCUGUAUCGCGACCGUUGAAGAAUAAGAUCGUUUGGGAACAAAAUGUCUCUGAGAACAAUUGA